AUGGCCUUGCCUCUCUUUCACUCGUUCUUCACACAGUCGAUGUUCUCGCAGUUUUACCCACCAGCCUCUACUUUUGUCCCAGAACGCGACAUUCCCGAUCAGUCGGGCAAAAUAGUACUCGUAACUGGCGGCAAUUCUGGAGUGGGCUACGAAACCGUCAAACAGCUGCUUCUGAAGAACGCGAAGGUCUACCUGGCAGCUCGAGACCCAGUUCGCGCGCAUGACGCCGCCAAUAGACUCAAAUCCGAGACUGAGGGCAGAGAGCCUAUUGUUCUUGAACUGGAUUUAGCCGAUCUUACUAGCGUGAGGAAAGGAGCGGAGGAGUUCUUGAGCAAGGAGACUACAUUGCAUAUCCUAUAUAACAAUGCAGGCGCGGUUUGGGUGCCGGUUGAGAUGGUCACGAAGCAAGUAUACGAUCUCGCGUUCGGCACAAAUGUUCUAGGUCACUUCUUUCUCACCGUAUUGCUGAUGCCAGCCCUCGCCCAAGCGAGAGUGAAGACUGGCCACCGCGCUCGUGUCAUCAAUGUGUCAUCGUCCGCUCAUGUACCAACCCUAUCUCCCGAUGCGGUAGACUACGAGACUCUGGUCUCUGGUCCCGGACGUGAUCAAGCUGCGAAGAAACAUGGCUCAUACGCGUUGUACGCUCAGUCCAAGAUGGGCGUCAUCCUCCUCUCCCAUCUCCUCCACCGCCACCACUCUGACAAAGUAAUCUCCAUCUCCCUCAACCCGGCAACUUUAACUCAUCUGCCUACCGGUGCUUUGACUCAGCUAUACGCGGGAACGGCAGAUGGGGAGUUCGAAGGCGGCGAGUAUUUGAUCCCUUGGGCGAGACGCGGGGUUCCCGAUCCCCGAACGAAGGUUGUGGCGUACCAGGAUAAGCUUUGGGACUGGUUGAACGAACAAGUCAAACCCUUCUAG